GAUUUAUUCAAAACAAGGAAGACAAAACGAUCCGGAACUUUAAACCGGAAGUGUACUGCCAUCUAGCGUCUGGAACAAAAGCGAAACGAAAUACAAACGUAGCCGCAUGGAAUAGAAAACAAACGCUCAAAUUUUUAAAUAAGGAUCAACAGGAGGCAAUAUGGCUGAUGCAGCGGCCAGAUCGCUUCAAUAUGAGUACAAGGCUAACUCCAAUCUUGUAUUGCAAGCAGAUAGAUCACUGAUUGACAGGAGAGCUCGUGAUGAAUCUACAGGAGAAGUUGUUUCUCUUACUGGAAAGUUACUUGGCACAAGAAUGGGUGAUAAGGCACAGAGGACCAGACCACCACAGAUGGAAGAAAGAAAAGUCAAACGUAGGAAAAGAGAUGAAGCACAGCAUGACAUGCUUAAAAUGAAAGGAACAACAUUGUUGUCUGAGGGUAUUGAUGAAAUGGUAGGGAUACAGUAUCGACCAAAGACACAGGAUACAAGACAAACUUAUGAAGUUAUCCUUAGCUUUAUACAGGCUGCAAUUGGAGAUCAGCCAAGAGAUGUCCUAUGUGGAGCUGCUGAUGAAGUCUUGGUUGUACUGAAGAAUGACAGAAUGAAAGAUAAAGAAAAGAAAAAAGAUGUAGAAUCAUUGUUAGGUGAAAUUGCUGACGAAAGGUUUGCUCUCUUAGUAAAUCUUGGCAAGAAAAUUUCUGAUUGGGGACAAGAAGAGAAGAUGCAGACAGAUGACAACAUUGAUGAGACCUAUGGUGUUAAUGUACAAUUUGAAGAAUCUGAAGAUGAGGAUGAUUUUGAUGUUGUGGGAGAGAUAAAAGAAGAAGAUGCUGAGGAUGAUGAUGAGGAAGGGGUAGAAGCUGAAGUGGAUGCAACUUUAACAGCUAACUUACAAAAAAGACGUGAAGAAGCAGGUAAAUCUGAAUCAGGACUCCAUCCUCGGGAUAUUGAUGCUUUCUGGUUACAGAGAAAACUCAGUAAAAGUUAUACUGACGAUCCUACGAUGGCUCAAACUAAAGCUGGAGAAAUCUUAGAUAUAUUGAAAACCUCCAGUGAUGACAGAGAAGUAGAGAAUCAGUUGGUAUUAUUACUGGGAUUUACUCAGUUCGACUUUAUCAAAACAAUCAGACAGUACAGGAACAUGAUUCUUUACUGUACAUUACUGGCUUCUGCACAGACUGAGGCUGAGAAGAAGAAAAUAGAGGAGAAAAUGUCAAAUGAUCCAGAGCUGGCUAAAUUCCUACAUGCAUUAGGUGCUACAGACAAAGAAGACAUUGUAUCUGAGGAGAGAGCUAGACGUCAACAAGCUAGACAAUCACGUGUAGCUGCUGAUAUACAAGCUAUGGAUACAGAUGAACAAAAGCAAAAUUUGGGAUAUGUGCAAACCUUAGAUCUAGAUGAUUUGACAUUUGCUCAGGGGAGUCAUUUUAUGGCCAAUAAAAGAUGUCAGCUUCCUGAUGGUUCAUACAGAAAACAGAGAAAAGGAUAUGAGGAAGUACAUGUUCCAGCUCUUAAACCAAAGACAUUUGAAGCCGAUGAGUCUUUAGUCCCUAUUGACCAAUUACCAAAGUAUGCCCAGGCAGCAUUUGAUGGAUUUAAUUGUUUAAACAGAAUACAGAGUAGACUAUUCAAAGCUGCCAUUGAGUCCAGCCAGAAUAUCCUAUUGUGUGCUCCUACUGGAGCUGGUAAAACCAAUGUAGCUUUGUUGUGUAUGCUUAGAGAGAUUGGUAAACAUGUAAACCCAGAUGGAACAAUCAAUACUGAUGAGUUCAAAAUUAUAUAUGUUGCUCCAAUGAGAUCUUUAGUACAGGAAAUGGUUGGCAGUUUUGGAAAGAGAUUGGAACAUUAUAAAAUUAAAGUGGCAGAGUUAACUGGAGACCACCAGCUUACCAAGGAACAAAUAAAUGAAACCCAGAUUAUUGUAUGUACACCUGAGAAGUGGGACAUUAUAACAAGAAAAGGUGGAGAAAGGUCUUACACACAGCUUGUCAGGUUGAUGAUAUUUGAUGAGAUCCAUCUGUUGCAUGACGACAGAGGACCAGUUCUAGAAGCUCUUGUUGCCAGAACAAUUCGUAAUGUAGAAACGACCCAGGAAGAUGUGAGAUUAGUAGGCCUUAGCGCUACACUACCUAAUUAUGAAGAUGUAGCUACUUUCCUCCGUGUAGAUCCUGCUGAGGGUCUGUACUUCUUUGACAACUGUUACCGUCCUGUACCGCUGGAACAACAGUUUAUUGGUAUCACAGAGAAGAAGGCGGUCAAAAGGUUUCAGAUCAUGAAUGAUAUCGUCUAUGAAAAAGUAAUGGAGCAUGCUGGGAAAAAUCAGUUGCUGAUUUUUGUUCACUCAAGAAAAGAGACUGGUAAAACAGCAAGAGCUAUCAGAGACAUGUGUUUAGAGAAAGAUACAUUAGGAUUGUUCCUCAAAGAAUAUUCCGCUUCUACUGCUGUAUUGAGAACUGAAGCAGAACAAGUCAAGAAUAUGGAGCUUAAAGAUCUUUUACCAUAUGGCUUUGCAAUACAUCAUGCUGGAAUGGCCAAAGUUGACCGUAUCUUGGUGGAAGAUUUGUUUGCAGACAGACAUAUUCAAGUGUUAGUAUCUACAUCUACUCUGGCUUGGGGUGUCAAUUUGCCUGCACAUACUGUAAUCAUUAAAGGAACACAGAUAUACAGCCCUGAGAAAGGCAGAUGGGUGGAACUCAGUGCUCUAGAUGUUAUGCAGAUGAUAGGUAGAGCAGGACGUCCACAGUAUGACACUAAGGGUGAGGGUAUCAUGAUCACUAAUCACAGUGAACUACAGUAUUACCUGUCUCUGAUGAACCAACAGUUGCCUAUAGAAAGUCAGUUUGUCAGUAAGUUACCAGACAUGUUGAAUGCUGAGGUAGUGCUUGGUACUGUUCAGAGUGUCAAAGAUGCUGUGGACUGGUUAGGAUACACCUAUUUAUACAUCAGAAUGUUAAGAUCUCCAUCUCUGUAUGGUGUCAGCCAUGAUCAACUGAAGGAAGAUCCACUGUUACAACAGAGACGUAAAGAUAUUAUACAUACAGCCGCUAUAGCACUGGAUAAAAAUAACUUGAUCAAGUAUGACAAGAAGACAGGACAGUUUUUAAGUACAGAGUUAGGACGUAUAGCUAGUCACUACUAUCUUACAAAUGAGACAGUAUCUACAUACAACCAACUGUUAAAACCUACACUUAGUGAGAUAGAACUGUUCAGAGUUUUCUCUUUGUCUUCAGAGUUCAAGUACAUUGCUGUCAGGGAGGAAGAAAAACUAGAACUUCUAAAAUUGUUAGAAAGAGUACCAAUACCCAUCAAAGAAAGUAUUGAAGAAUCUAGUGCUAAAGUGAAUGUGUUACUCCAAGCCUACAUUUCACAGCUUAAGUUAGAAGGGUUUGCCCUAAUGUCUGAUAUGGUAUUUAUUACCCAAUCAGCUGGCAGAUUAAUUAGAGCUAUCUUUGAGAUUGUACUACAUAGAGGAUGGGCACAGCUGACAGACAAAGCACUAGCUUUAUGUAAAAUGGUCAACAAAAGAAUGUGGCAGUCUAUGUGUCCUCUACGACAGUUUGUAGACAGGAAGAUGCCAAUAGAAAUUAUCAAGAAAAUAGAGAAGAAAAACUUUCCUUUUGAGAGACUGUAUGAUUUAAAUCCUCAUGAGAUUGGAGAACUUGUCAGAGUGGCAAAGAGUGGAAAGAUAAUACAUAAAUAUGUGCAUCAGUUCCCUAAGCUUGAUCUAUCAGUUCAUGUACAACCAAUUACAAGGUCUACCUUAAAAGUAGAACUAACAAUAGCACCUGACUUCCAGUGGGAAGAGAAAAUACAUGGACAGUCAGAGGCAUUUUGGAUUUUAGUAGAAGAUGUUGACAGUGAAGUGAUAUUACAUCAUGAAUACUUUCUAUUGAAGAACAAAUUUGCAGGCGAUGAACAUGUGGUAAAAUUCUUUGUCCCAGUUUUUGAACCUUUACCACCCCAAUAUUUCAUCAGAGUUGUGUCAGACAGGUGGCUAGCUGCUGAGACCCAGUUACCAGUAUCCUUCAGACAUUUAAUCCUUCCUGAGAAGUAUCCACCACCUACAGAGUUGUUAGAUCUACAGCCACUUCCUGUCUCUGCUCUCAGGAAUCCACAGUUUGAAACUCUCUACAGUGAUAAAUUCCCUUUCUUUAAUCCCAUCCAGACACAAGUUUUUAAUGCCAUUUACAACAGUGAUGACAAUGUGUUUGUUGGGGCACCAACAGGGAGUGGGAAAACAAUCUGUGCAGAAUUUGCUUUACUCAGAUUGUUUUCACAGAGUCCAGAUGGAAGAUGUGUAUUUGUUACCCCACUGGAAGCCCUUGCACAACAGAUGUACAUUGAAUGGCAGGUUAAGUUUGGGCAACAGUUGGGUAAGAAAGUGGUUUUGUUGACUGGAGAAACAGCGACAGAUCUCAAACUAUUAGCCAAGGGUAACAUAAUUAUCAGUACCCCAGAGAAAUGGGAUGUGUUGUCAAGGAGAUGGAAACAGAGAAAAAAUGUACACAACAUCAAUCUGUUUGUUGUUGAUGAGUUACAUCUGAUUGGAGGAGAUGUCGGGCCAAUACUGGAAGUAAUAUGUUCUAGAAUGAGGUAUAUCUCUUCACAACUAGAGAGAAACAUCAGAAUUGUAUCCCUGAGUUCUUCACUGUCCAAUGCUAGAGAUAUCUCACAGUGGUUAGGAUGUAGUACAACAGGGUUCUUCAACUUCCAUCCUAAUGUUAGACCAGUCCCACUAGAACUACACAUACAGGGUUUUAACAUCAGCCAUAAUCAGUCAAGAAUCAUUGCUAUGGCCAAGCCAGCAUACCAGGCUAUAGUACGACAUUCUCCCAGGAAACCAGUCAUUUUGUUUGUCCCCUCGAGAAAACAGACCCGUCUCACGGCUGUAGAUAUAUUGACAUUUAGUGCUGCUGAGAUGAACCCAGACAGUGAAUCUGUUCGCAGUAGAUUCUUACAUGUCAAGGAGGAAGAUAUACAACCUUUCUUAGAGAAAAUCAAUGACAAGACAUUGAAGGAGACCUUAAGUAAUGGUGUAGGCUACCUUCAUGAAGGAUUAGCAGACAUAGAGAGGAAGGCUGUGGAACAUCUGUUUAGUAGUGGAGCCAUUCAGGUGGUUGUUUCAUCACGGAAUCUAUCAUGGGGAAUGAAUGUGGCAGCACAUCUGGUAGUAGUCAUGGAUACACAGUAUUAUGAUGGAAAAACUCACUCAUAUGAAGAUUAUCCAGUGACAGAUGUAUUACAGAUGAUUGGCAGAGCUAACAGACCAAUGACAGACCAAGAAGGCAGAGCAGUUAUUCUUUGUCAAAAUACAAAGAAAGAAUUCUUCAAGAAGUUUUUGUAUGAACCACUUCCAGUAGAGAGCCAUCUUGAUCAUUGUUUACACGACCACUUCAGUGCUGAAAUAGUGACCAAGACAGUAGAAAAUAAACAGGAUGCAGUAGAUUAUCUUACAUGGACAUUCCUGUACAGGAGGAUGACACAGAAUCCUAAUUAUUACAAUCUACAAGGAGUCUCACACAGUCAUUUGUCUGAUCACAUGUCAGAACUAGUGGAAAAUACAAUCAGUGACUUGGAACAGUCAAAGUGUAUCAGUAUUGAAGAUGAAAUGGAUGUGACACCACUCAAUCUUGGUAUGAUUGCAGCCUACUACUACAUCAACUAUACUACUAUAGAGACCUUCAGUAUGUCGUUGAAUGGCAAGACAAAGAUCAAAGGAUUACUGGAGAUUAUAUCUAAUGCUGCUGAGUAUGAAGACAUUCCUAUCAGACAUCAUGAAGACAAUAUACUGAGACAGCUUUCCUCCAGACUACCUAACAAACCUAGUAAUCCUAAGUACAAUGAUCCACAUCUGAAGACCAAUCUCCUCCUACAAGCACAUCUAUCUAGGAUGCAGUUAUCAGCUGAACUACAACAAGAUACAGAGGAUAUUCUCAGCAAGGCUAUACGUUUGAUCCAAGCUUGUGUUGAUGUACUUAGUAGUAAUGGAUGGUUAACACCUGCUUUAGCUGCUAUGGAACUGGCACAAAUGGUUACCCAGGCCAUGUGGGGCAAAGACUCAUAUCUCAAACAGUUACCACACUUCACAACAGAAAUUGUCAAAAAAUGUAUUGACAAGGGUGUAGAGAGUAUUUUUGAUGUUAUGGAGAUGGAAGAUGAAGAACGUAACACCAUUUUAUCAUUUUCGGAGGCACAAAUGGCUGAUGUUGCCAGGUUCUGUAACAGAUAUCCUAACAUAGAAUUAACAUAUGAAGUUCAAGAUAAGGAAAGUAUCUCUAGUGGAUCAGCUGUGAAUGUACAGGUGACAUUAGAAAGAGAAGAUGAGUUAGCAGGACCUGUCAUAGCUCCCUUCUUCCCACAGAAACGUGAAGAAGGAUGGUGGGUUGUUAUUGGAGACAGCAAAAAUAAUUCUCUGUUAUCUAUCAAACGUUUGACAUUACAACAGAAAGCCAAAAUUAAGUUGGACUUUGUGGCGCCCUCUCCUGGACAUUAUAACUAUGUUAUAUACUAUAUGAGUGAUGCCUACAUGGGAUGUGAUCAGGAGUACAAGUUCAGCAUAGAUGUCAAAGAGGGUGAAAGUGACGAGAGUGAUAGUGACAGUGAUUAAACUGUGACAAAGUAAGACAACUGAUAUAAAUUUGGUGUAUGUCCCCGAUGAUGGACAGAGAUAUGUCUGGUCAACAGUGAAAUUUGGACAAACUGAUAAAACCUGUAAAUAAUUGAUAAGAUUAUCCUCUCAAUGUCAUUGACAGAUUAAAACCAUUCUCAAUCAUGUUUAAGUACUUUAAAAAUUUCAAAUAUAUAAUGACAAUGUGUGACCUUUAACAUGUAGAUCAUCUUGAUUAUAUUUGCAUAACUUGUCACAUGACCAAGUUACGUAAAUAAUGUCACUGUGUGUAUUGAUCUGAUUGUUGACAAUGUAUUCAGAUAAUUUAUUACAAUAUUGAUGACCAUUGGUAAAUAUGUAAACAUAGAUAGAGAGUAUACGACCAGAUGUACUUAGCACAGAUUUAUCUGUUGAUAUAAAAAUGGUGUAAUUGAAAAUUUAAGCAAUUAUUUGUGAACUCCUUUAUAUUUUUUUGUUAUUUCACUUAUGUAAAUAAAUUUGAAGUGUGAAUAUAAUGAAUAUAAUUUUUUAUACAUGAUAAAUUGCUUUCAUAUCAGUUUAGUGAGAUAUGAGAGUUAUGAAGUAUCAUAAAAACAUAAAUUUCGUCUCGUUAAAUUAUGUUUCCAAAAGAAAUAUCUAGUCUGUGCUGUUUGAUAAAUCAUGAACAUGAAAAAAAAUAUAUGAAGAUUAUUAUUUAUGGUUAGUUAUGUUAAGAUAUUUGUUAUUGAACUAAAAAUAUUAAAAAUCAUUUUUUUCACACAAAUAAUUCAGUGAAAUGUUGAGUGCAAUUUUAAUCUCUGACAAAUAAAGUUUAUUAUCAUUUAACAUGUCAUUUAAUUGUUUUUCGUAUUCAGCUGGUCACUACUACUGGAAUUUUCAUUACCUACAUCAUUCUAUUCCAGUGCUGUAUUGUUGAUAUAUGUAUAUUAUAAUAAAUAACAUUGAAAAUCUG